UCUCUCUCUCUCUCUCACUCUCUCAGUAGACUAGUGAAGUCAUCUCGCCUCAUCGGCUCCUUUUAAGCCGGCAUUUUUGAGAGGGAGGUCCCUGUGAAUCAUAUACAAACACUCAGUCAAGCAUCCUCACUCACCCCUCACGCUGCACCAGCAGAGAACUCACCCAUUCCUUCACACAGUUGUCGGCAUGGCUAACAAAGGUCCAUCCUACGGCAUGAGCCGGCAGGUUCAGGAUAAGAUCGACAGCAAGUAUGACCCUGAGCUGGAGCAGAUCCUGGUGGAGUGGAUCAGCCGUCAGUGUGGCUCCGGUGUGGGAAGGCCAGAGCCUGGAAAGAUGGGUUUCCAGGCGUGGCUGAAAGACGGAUGUGUCUUGAGCGAACUCAUUAACAGUCUGUUUGCUGGAGAUAAACCUGUGAAGAAGAUUCAGAGCUCACCCAUGGCCUUCAAGCAGAUGGAGCAGAUCUCCCAGUUCCUCAACGCUGCAGAGAAGUAUGGCGUCACCAAGACUGACAUGUUCCAGACCGUGGACCUCUGGGAAGGUAAAGACCUAGCAGCAGUGCAGAGGACCCUGUCAGCUCUGGGCAGCUUGGCCAUCACCAAGGAUGAAGGCACAUACAACGGAGAUCCCAACUGGUUCUUCAAGAAAGCACAGGAGAACAAGCGAGAAUUCAGCGACGAGCAGAUAAAGGCGGGCAAAAAUGUGAUUGGCCUACAGAUGGGGUCCAAUAAAGGAGCCAGUCAGGAGGGCAUGAGCUAUGGAAGACCUCGACAGAUUCUGUAAAAUCAAGGAGCCAUCACCACCCAAAACCUCUUAAUCUCCCUCUUUACCAAACCCUCUGAGGCCCUCUUCACCCUUUUAGAGCCUGUAAAUGUCUAACCGGUCAACUACAACUCUCUUUUCUGCUUUAGAAUUUAGUGAUUUUGUAACAACUAUCAUCUUCCUCUGUAGUCUUGACACUUACCUUGAGCCCCUCAUUUACAUGCUUGCACUGGUGACCACCGCAGAGCUCACCAUGCUUUGUCUUCCAACUGCAAUUAGAAGUAUAACUGAAUGUUUCUAGUCUUAAGAUACAAUAGUUACAGUGAAAAUGACCAAAAAUUUGGCUUGCAGGUAAACCAAACUAAAAUGAUAUGUACCAAAAGUUGAUGUAUUCUUUUCUCUUAAGAAACAGGACUUGUGUCAGGAGAACUGACAAGUUUCAUCUCAGAUGUCGGAAUUAUGACCUCUCUUUUAUAGAUUUUAGGAAUAUUGGUUUUGGAUUCUCACACAGAUAAUAAUUUGUUUACAUAAUUUGCCAAACAGACGCUCUCUCCAAAUUGACAAACACUCCUGUGUCAUACCACUGCUCCUCAUUUUUACUGCUAAAGUACCACGUACCACGUUGCUACGCCUGCUAUAUCAGCGCCAAUAUUUUUGUACAUUGUCUUAAUAAAUAAUGACUUUGAAAUACA